AGAUAAAUAGAUAGAUAAAUAGAUAGAUAGAUAGAUAGAUAGAUAGGCAGAGAGAGAGUGAGAGGAGGGAGAGGAGAGUGGGAACGAGGAAAAAGUAUACAGAACGAUAGACAAAGAGAAAGAGAGGAAGUGUGAGAAAGAAAGAGAGUGGAGGGAGAGGGGGAAGGAGGGAGAAGGAGCGAGAAAGACAAGUAGACGAAGAUAGGAGAGAGAGAAAGAGAAGUCGAGCAACGUCGUAAGAGAAAAGAUCUGUCAUCGGGAUAUUAUUCGGUCCUCUCUCUUUCUCUCUCUCUCUCACUCCGCGUGCGUAAUGACAAAAUAGAGAAAGGAGGAGGAGAAGGAGGAGAGAAGGAGAAAAGAAAACAUCGUUUUCCUUACUACCGUGCGAAUCCUUUUUCGUUUUUAUUUUUGGUUGUUGUUGUUGUUCUCGGGAUAAAUUGCCAUUAAAUUUCGGUAAAGAGUUGGUCAUCGUCGUUGUCGCGUUGUCGUAACGCGAAAAGAAAGACAACGCGUUGUCCGCACGUCGGCCGCACAUGUGAUCGUCCAAGGUGUCACCAUCAGCUCGAGAUGAAGAAGUUCACGAUCAAAGGGGUGCUCGACGGUUUCCGUUCGUCGAUGCCUCAGCCAACUAAGUCUGACCAGGAGAUCGUUGAAAAUCUCAGAUCCGAGCACAUUCAAGUUAAAAAGACAUUCAGACAUGGCUUUCCACAUCAACCGACAGCCGUUGCUUUCGACCCAGUUCAAAGGCUCCUUGCGAUUGGUACUAAAUCAGGAUCCCUUAGGAUUCUGGGCAGACCAGGCGUGGACGCUCACGUAAAACACGAAGGGUGUACGGCGGUGAUGCAGUUGAAGUUCCUGAUCAACGAGGGUGCCCUUAUUUCUGCUACAACCGACGACACCCUACAUCUAUGGAACUUUCGUCAGAAGAUACCGCAGGUAGUGCAGAGUCUGAAGUUUCAACGAGAUAGGAUAACCUGCAUCCAUCUGCCGCUUCAGAGCAAAUGGCUUUACGUCGGCACCGAACGUGGCAAUAUUCACGUACUUCACAUCGAAACGUUCGUUCUAUCCGGAUACGUAAUUAAUUGGAACAAGGCUAUUGAAGUAUCUAGAAAGACCCAUCCUGGUGCUGUAGUACACUUGAGUGAUAAUCCUUUAGAUUUGAGCAAGAUGCUGAUCGGAUAUGAGAGUGGACAGAUAGUCCUUUGGGAUUUGAAAACGAAGAGCGUGGAUUACAGAUGUCACAGCGACGAACCCUUGAAAUCAAUAACAUGGCAUCACGAAGGCAAACAAUUUAUGUCUAGUCACAACGAUGGUUCGCUAUUGACUUGGACGGUGCGUCAAUUAAAGCCAACAAAUGUCACGCAUCCACACGCGAAAGCCACCAAAGAGGGAGAACCGGAACCCUGUAAAUCUAUACAAAAAGUGGAAUGGAAAGUGUCAAGAUCCGGGGAGGCGUAUGUCAUUUUUUCCGGUGGUCUAGCGUACGACACUACUGCAAGGACACCUAGUAUUACGGUUAUACACGGAAAAGUCACGACUGUUUUAGAAAUGGAGCACAAUGUCGUAGAUUUUAUAACGCUUUGCGAUAGUCCUUGGACAAGUGAUUUCCAGGAUCCUUACGCUGUUGUGGUUUUGCUACAAAACGAUCUCGUGAUCAUCGAUUUGUUAACACCUGGAUUUCCAUGUUUCGAAAAUCCAUAUCCAAUGGACAUACACGAAUCUCCCGUAACUUGUUGCGCGUACUUUGCCGAUUGUCCCUCGGAUUUGGUACCGGCGUUUUAUUCGGUUGGAUCUAAAUCGCAAAAGAAAACUGGAUUUAGCGAAAAAGAAUGGCCGAUCUCGGGCGGUGAAUGGAGUUCUAGUUCGAGCAGUUACAAUGAAAUUAUUUUAACAGGGCAUGCGGAUGGUAGUAUAAAAUUUUGGGACGCGUCUGCCGGUACGUUACAAGUUCUUUACAAAUUGAAAACAGCAAAACUUUUUGAAAAGAGUAGAGCCAGAAGCGUUGACUCGGAGGAAGAUCCAUUGGCGAUACAACUCAUUUACCUGUGUCCUGAAAGUCGAAAGUUGGCAAUCGCUGGCUCGGGAAAAUACGUUGUAUUAUUUAAAUUUAAGAAAGCCGAAAGUAUGUCGGAAGUAGUCACAUUAGAAGUACCAUUGAGCCAAAAUCAAGCGAGAGAAACAGAAAAUUCACCGGAUCAUGAUGCCCCAUCGACGGGAAAUGUUUCUUCAUCCGGGGAAUCUAAACACACAUUGGAAUAUAAUCAUCCGUUGAAAGUUAAAAGUGGUUUGCAAAAACGAGCCGCUGGUUUUCAAGCAACAUUAAUUUGUUUAACUAUCGCACCGAGUGGAGAGCAACCUGAAAACAUAACAGCCCUCAGUUUAAAUUCAUCCUACGGAUUAAUGGCCUAUGGAAACGAGACAGGGUUAGUAAUAAUCGAUAUCGUGCAGAAAAUCACUUUGAUCGUGUUGCAUACAACAGACCUUGGUGGAAGCGGUGAUCCUUACCAACGAGUUCUACGAAGUCCCAAGCGGCAAGAUGACUCCAAGCGAGAAAAUGAAGAUAAAGCGAGGAGCCCGAGUGCAGAUCAGCUAACUACUAUGUGUCUACCCACAUUGAAACAAACUCAGCCGGAAGCGACGAGGGAGAGCGAGCCAGUAUUAACGAUGCUGCUACCAGAUUCUCAUCAUCAACAGCAACAGCAACAGCAACAGCAACAGCAACAGCAACAUUCUCAAUACCAGCGGGCAUCGCCACGUGAUUCGAGUUGCACUAUUGGAAGCAACGUUGUUGAAAAAUUGACCGAGGAAUCGACUACUAGCGAGGGUUCCUCGGCCAAAUCCCAUUUAGGAAGUUCAACAACAUCGAAUGGCGAGGAUAGUCCGAAGAAUCAUGGUUGGAAGGGUUUUCGUCUUAAACGCCAACUCAGCAAAGUCGAUCUCAAGAUAAAGAAUACAUUUGCGUCGUCCUUGGUGUCAUCUCAGAAUGGGCAGGUAGGCAGCGAGAGUGCUACUCAGAAGAGUUCUUCCGUUUUUUAUUGCAACGUCAACGAGUCCUCGAGAGUCCUUUCGCCGGUCGAAAGUCUUGAGACGGAGGAGGACGAGCUCUGCGCGAAUACUUCGGGUCGCGAGAGUCCUCAAGCUUCUUCUUGUUCUCAUGAUACGACGAAAAACGCAGAUAACGAAAGCGAGAGACAAAACGUUGAACGUAAUGAAACAGUAACUAACGUUACGACAACUAAUACUACGAGUAGUACUACUAAUACGAACACGAUGGCGGUGAGACCAUUAGAAUUGUCCUUGCACGAGAAUGAUCGAAGGCCACGAUUGAAGAGGAUAGUGAUGGGGAUGCAAAGUAAGAGAGAGGGACGUCUGCUAUCCGUGCCCAAUCUGAAAUACCAGAAAACCGAUGGAACAACCGUUUGCGACCUAAGAUGCGAGGAUAACACUGCGCCUGUCGCUGACUCCUUCACCGGAAAUCUUAUAAGAAGAUUCAGCCGGAUAGACAAAUAUGACGGUUCCUUUCAACGGUCACGGAGCUCAAGCAUGUCCUCGCUUGAGAAUAUCACCACGGAAACCAUUAGCUGCCUUACGUUCGCUGAUUCCUAUACAAAGAAAAGCGAUACCACCACAUUACCCACUUUAUGGGUUGGUACGUCUCUGGGAUCCAUACAAACCAUUGUAUUCAAUGCACCUGCCCCAGGGGAAAGAAACGCAUAUCCUGUGGUUGUUUCUACAUGUAAUGGAUCGACGUUUAAGUUGAAGGGUUGCAUCCUGUCGAUGUCAUUUUUGGAUUGCAAUGGCGCACUUAUUCCUUAUUCUUUUGAAUCCUGGAAAGAUGAAAAUGUUGAAGCAGGAAAAGAACGUAAUAAGAACCAAGGAAAAUGCAAUAGCCGAUUAUCACCGUCCUUGAACACUCAAGUUACGACCGGGGAUGGUUUCGAAGAUCGACAAUUUGUCGUUUUGGCAUCUGAGAAACAAGCAAGGGUUGUGGCUUUACCCUCACAAGAUUGCGUUUAUAGACAACAAUUGGCAGAAACUCAUAUUGUCAUCAAGGCGGAAGUUACGACUUUGAAAGAUAACGUCUGUCUGGUAUGUUACGUUUCAAAUGGUCACGUAUCUACGUAUAGUCUACCCAGUCUCAGGCCCCUCAUAGACGUCGAUUUUUUACCACUUACAGAUUUGAGUUUUCAGACUACAAAACACGGCAUUGUAGACCCCAUGUUGUCCAUAUGGGGUCAUCAACUGUUUGUUAAUGGCGAUACCGAUCAAAUUGCGAAGACUCUUUGCUUCAGUAAUCGUGGCCACGGUCUGUAUCUGUCAUCACCUGCGGAGAUACAGAAGUUUUCAAUAUCAAGCGAGUUCUGCGGAGAGUUGACCGAAAUGAUGGGAGAUUUGUUUACUUGUCACGAUAUGCCAGAACCACCUAAGGAAAGUUUCUUUAGGGGCCUGUUUGGCGGUGGUACGAGAAGUCUCGAUAGAGAAGAGUUGUUUGGUGAAUCGAGUGGUCGUGCCUCUCGUACAGUGGCUAAACACAUCCCAGGACCCAAUGCAGCAACGGAAAAUAUGAGAGAACGGGUUACCGGAAUUGCCGGUGAAGUUGCUCAAGCACAUCAUAUGGUAUUGGAGCGUGGAGAAAAAUUAUCCCACCUAGAGGAACGAACGGCUCGUAUGAUGUCAGAGGCUGAAAACUUUUCAACGUCGGCACACGGCCUGAUGCUGAAGUACAAGGAUAAGAAAUGGUACCAGCUAUGAGAGUAUAGCCUGAUACGAAUCUGGAUGCGAUUCAUAUGGACGAGUACGGAAAUAACAUGCAAGUUAGCGUUUGCGAUUUAUCCAUGAGUUAUUAUCUCUUUGAUAAGAAAGCUAAAUUAAAUAUAUUACAAGCUCCGCGUGUAUGCUGCUACGGCAAGUAGCAUGUAUGUGGGGCCAAAAAGUGAGUAGAGUGAAAGUAUUCAAGAGAGGGAGAGAAGUAGGAGAAUGAGGUUGAAUAGAUAAAAAGGAAUAUGAAAGAGAGAAGUUGAAUGUACGAAUGAAUAGAAUAUAGGGUUGAGAUGAUAGGAAAAAAAGAAGGAAAUACACACAAACAUAUGUACACCACAUAUAUUACACGUACACACAUUCAUGAUCAUCUGUGCUGGUCACAGGUUCUAGAUACGCACACAUUAGCGAAACGAAAUAGAGCGAAUGGUAGGUAGAGUAAGGCGAUUACACAUACCGAGGUCACUUCCCAACAUCAACGACAUUGAUCAUAUUCUUUAUCCAAAAAAAAAAAAAAACAUUAAGAGACGCGAAAAAGGCGGUUCGAUAAGAGCUUAUAGUAUGACCGCUUAAAAAAUAAUAAAGGAGUGAGACGAGAUGAGACGACGAUCGUGCUAUACUGGAGUCAAUACGAGCAAUUAUGAAAUAAUUCGCCUUUUAAUCAAUGGUACUCGUUAAUUCAUUCGGACGUCCUGCACCACUUAUAUCUCAUUGCACUACGGUCUUCUGUGUUGUUAAUGAAAUGAGAAGAAAAUAAGAUACCACGGGAACAAUCGGUUUGAGUGAAACGAUAAUAAAACAUCGUUAUACUUAUAAUCUUGUUUUAUAUAAAGAAGAAGAUGGGAGUGUUUAAUCUUGGAUAGCAGAAAGUAUUAAAGAUAUAGUAGUUACAAUUUCAGGUGCAGCGACGUUAUCCUCCGAAUGUAUUGACAAUAAAAAUGUAGUUAAUUAGUCGAACGUGCAGAGCAUUGGAUAAAAACGUCGAAUGAUGAAGUAUAUAUUUUAACCACGCAGGCGGGUUUAGCAGGAGAAAAAACGGGCCACUGCGAGACCGCGUUACGCCGAUAAGAAUGUAUAAUUGUUAUCGAUUGUAGUUACUGCUAGACACGCUAAUGUAUAUAUAUAUAUAUACAAUGGAAUGAGACAAAAAUUAAAGAAUACACAUACACAUAUAUAACACACAUUAUACACAUAUACACAUCAAAGUAGGAAAGAUUCUGCGUUAUAAAAGCUGUUUAUAUAUAUAUAUAUAUAUAUAUAUAUAUAUACUAUAUAUAUACGAUAUAAUGUGUUAUAAGUUACGCUACUUCAGCGUCGUUGGUGAAUUCAAAUGAAUUUGUAGUGCAUUUGCAGGCACGGAAAAUGGGGGAUAACUAUUCUAAUUUUAACUGUACGUAUAGACUAGAUAACAUAAAGACAAUAUGAUAGACACACGUGCGUUCCGGAUGCAAUCUGUAUCCGUUGCAAAAAUUCAAUUGAAUUUAUCGAGAUUCUGAAUCAACGUACUGCUUCCAUAGCAAUAAUUGUAUAGUCGAUGUUAAAGGUACUAAUCACUUGCAUUAUUACUUAUAAAUGCAUCCUACAGACGAUUUACUAGAAUGCAUUCUUCGAGUUGUUUAAACUUCGUGGUAUGAUCUUUCUUGGACAAUAUACAUAUAACCAAAUCGCAUUGAAUUAAUCCCGUUAUUGUAUCGUGGGAUGUCUUCACUAUCAAUUAUUAGUACAAAACUCGCGAACUUGGCGAGUCCGUUGGAGACUUAAUAGGCGGCAUUUAUGAGAAAAAAUAUAAUAAUGGAAACAUGUUAUUCUAUUCGACGACCGAGCGGCUAAUAAGGAUCCAUUAAACUUUCGGUUGUUUGACAGGUACACUACAUUUAUGCUAUACUACAUCUAGAGGAGUCAUUGGUCUUUGGAAAUCGGAGAUUCUGCAUGUGAGCGAUUUAAUGAUAAUAAUAUAUUAACAAACAAACAAAAGUAUAACAAAUUCAUAAGUGGAAGUAUGUUUGAACGCCCGCGCCCCGCGCUAUGGGAAUGAACGUUUCGGAUGGGCAAAAGAAAGUGUUUUUUUUCCGGACUUCUGUGAAAGUGUAAGGUCGUUUACUGCUCUAAUAGUGGAACGGUAGUUAAAUGUGCCAUAGUUAUGAAGGAAUGGAAAUAUAUAUUACCAUUUAAGUGUUUGAUAAUAUAAUAUACUCCACAACUUCCGUUGUACACUGCUAAAUAUCAUACUUUACAGAUUUCGACUACUUAUCUUACAAUUAGUCGCAUCGGAACCUGCAAAGAUCUGUUUCAAACUAAUCAUUUCUCGCGAUAUAUAAAACGUAGUUUCAGUUAUACUUAAAUGUAGCUAACUCUUCUCUACUUUUAUUUUGAUUCUUUCAAUCAUUUUCAUACACGGUGCUUGUAAUCUUCGAUUGGUAAUUAUUUAGUGGAAACAGAGAGCUGAAGAAACUGUCUGUUGUAUAUCUUCAUAUCACGAUAAAACUAUUGUCACGUACUUGAUUGAAUAAACAUUAAUUUUGCCUA